AUGGCCGCAGUUGAAGAGCCCCAGGAUUACCUUGAUGUGUUGCAGUCUCAUAGGGGAGGAUUUAGCUUCGAAAAUUGCAAGAGGAACGCCUACCUUGCUUCACAGGUGGCAAUCAAGCCACCCACUGCGAUGAAGUCGGGAACUACGAUUUGUGGAAUUCAACUCAAGGAUGUCGUGAUCCUCGCCGCUGAUACUCGUUCCACCUGUGGGCCCAUGGUCGCGGACAAGAACUGUGAGAAGCUGCAUUUCAUUGCCAAGAACGUCUAUUGCGCAGGGGCUGGCACGGCAGCAGACUUGCAGCACACUACUGAGAUGAUGGAAUCUCAGAUGGAGCUCUUGCGCAUGGCCACUGGCACCCAGCCCCGCGUGUGCACAGUGGUGCGCCGUUUGAGCUCCAUGCUCUUCAAGUACCAAGGAUACGUCGGUUGCGCUCUGGUCCUCGGAGGUGUUGAUGUGACUGGCCCGCACCUUUUCCAAAUCUACCCGCAUGGCUCUACGGACAAGCUUCCCUUCACAUCCAUGGGAAGUGGCUCUUUGGCCGCAAUGGCAAUCUUGGAAGCCGAGUACAACGAGAAUCUGAGCGUUGAAGAAGGCAAGAAGUUGGUGGCCAAAGCAAUUCGAGCGGGAAUCUUCAAUGAUCUGGGAUCAGGUAGCAAUGUGGAUGUGUGUGUCAUUACAAAGGAUGUUGGUGGCACCAUUCUGCGCAACUUUGAGAAGCCGAAUGAACGUAAGUUCCGUGCAAAACAUGCCGCCUUCCCAAUUGGCACCACUCCCAUCAUGAAGCAGGAGAUCACCAAGCUCGUCUCAGUUGAGGAGGAUGUGGUGAUGCGAGAUUAG